AUGUUACAUGUCGACUCACACUCCUCGUCGAAUACGAAUCAAGCGACAACUUCGAGCGAAAAUUCAGUGCAGACCAGCGAAAAAUCACAAGUCAUUUCUCUUUCGGUGGUUUCGAGCGACGCGUCGCCAUUACCUGUUCUUCUCGCGACGGCGAAAAUCAAGAUAAGCUCGCCGACGGGACGCACUCAAACCGUCAGAGCUCUGUUGGAUCAGGGUUCGGAAGUAUCUUUUAUUACAGAAAGACUCGCUCAAUGCCUGAGAUUGCGACGCAUUCGGACAAUGACGUCGAUCUCAGCUGUUGGGGGUGUUCACGCUGGCAUGUGCCGACAUGCAGCUAACAUCCAACUUACUUCCCGCAUAAAAUCGGGGCCCGUAUUCAGCACUCAAGCUUUUGUUAUGCGCUCUUUAACGAAAUACACUCCACGACGGGCACAAUUCAGUAAGUCAUGGGAGCAUUUACGAAAUCUCAAUCUUGCAGAUGACAAUCCAACGGGAUCCGAUCCUAUUGAGGUACUCAUAGGGGCCGAUCUAUAUAGUAGAGUAAUUCGAAACGGCGUUCGCAAAGGAUCGAUCGGACAGCCUAUCGCGCAGAAUUCUUAUUUCGGCUGGGUCCUAUCGGGAACUACUACUCAAAGUUCAAGAUCUAGCUCAAUCAAGGUAAUGCAUUGUUCUCUUGAACGAGAUAUUCAACGAUUCUGGGAAGUCGAGGAACUUCCUCAGAAAAUUCAGCUUUUUCCAGACGACGAGCGCUGUGAGAAACACUUUCUUGAAAAUCAUUCUCGCGAUAAAACCGGACGAUAUAUAGUACGGCUCCCAUUCAAACAAGGUCCACCGAUCAAUAUCGGUGAUUCACAUUCAAUUGUAUCAAGUAUGCUAACCUCUUUAAAUCGACGAUUAGAUCGAAAUCUCGAUUUAAAGAAGGAAUACAAUUCAUUCCUAUUAGAGUAUGAAGAACUCGGACAUAUGGAAAAGGUUUCUGUUUCUUCGAAAUCAAAUUCUGUACCACAAACCGUUUAUAUUCCGCACCAUGCGGUUGUGCGCAAUUCAAGUUCCACGACACGUCUUAGAGUCGUUUUCAAUGCAUCAAGCUUAACGUCAAACGGAAGCUCCCUUAACACUCAUCUGUUGCAAGGUCCUAAGCUUCAAACGAAUAUAUUCGAUAUAAUCCUUUGCUGGCGACAGUAUCAAUAUGUCUAUACGGCAGACAUUGCCAAGAUGUACAGACAGAUCGUGGUCGAUCCACGUGAUCAAGAUUACCAACGAAUCUUAUGGAACACUGAAGGCUCGAAAAUACCACAAGCAUUUCGAUUAAAAACAGUCACUUACGGUACAGCAUCAGCUCCAUUUCUUGCACUUAGAGUGCUAAAACAACUUCUGCAUGACGAAGGAGAAUCUUUUCCAUUGGCCUCUUCCAUUCUAAGAGACCAUAUUUAUGUCGACGAUGUUCUUUUUGGAGCCGAAGAUAUUCUUUUGUUGCGUCAAACACGCGAUCAAGUUUGUGCCUUGUUGCAACGCGGAGGAUUUCAGCUAAGGAAAUGGACGAGUAAUAAGUCAGAGUUGCUUACGGACAUUUCCUCCCAGAAUCACGGCUCGCUUGCAAUAAAUUGCUGA